CCAACGGCUCCACUGGCUCGUUUUGUCGUAGAUGAUUAGAAGUCUGUAGCUCCGAGUUCAGACCAGCAACUGGUGUUCAGGGAUCAUGCCCUCAAGGAAGACGCUCAAGCUCAUCCUGUAUGAGCUGCUGCAGUUUGCAGCGCUCAUCACACCUGUCUUUGUGAUCAUGGAGAGGUUUGCUAGCCUCAUAAGUAAUCUAAAAGAACUAAACCGGACAACUUACUGGCUGGUAGUGGCGGCCUCCAUCGCUUACAUGACCUCUGUGACGUUGCUGGUGUGGGUUCCUCUCAAAUAUCUGACCCUGAAGCAGCGGAGGUUCAUCACUGAGAUCACACAGUGGAGACCAACCACGCUGGCAUAUCUCUUCCUGUGUACAUUACCAUGCUUUGCUAUUUUAAUAGCCAGCUCCAAGGUGCAGGUGGACAACGGAAUACGGCUUGACCAUUUCGCUGAGUUGCCAGUUUCCUUGGUGCUUUCCUGCCUCGUCUGUGUGGAUAUCAUAGAGAGGAUUCGACCCUGCAGGCUCUUGGGUCAAUCAGACAACCAGGAUCCUGACUUUGACAUGUCAGGCCCCGUCCUCACCCGCCUGGAACAGGUGACCACCGUAUCAGGCCAGUUGCACCCUGAUGAAGGCCAGAAUGGUUUGACCCAGGGCCAACCAGUGGCCAGCAACGGCAGCAUCUCAGGCAGAUGGCAGAACGGCACUGACUCACCCAGGCGUUCACCGCUCAGCGCUCGAGCAGCCGGCACUGCUUACUUGUACUCCCCAUCAUCACGUCUCCAGUCCUACUCAGGUCAUCUGGGCUCCCUGUGGAGGAGGGAUGGAAGGUCAGAGCUGUUUGUGGAUAGUUUCCUGUUCUGGUUCGACACUGUGGAGCUGGUGAGAGUGGCAGGAUCGCCAGCUGUCUUCUUCUCAGCCUGGGUGUUCCCGGUCUACAUCCUCGCCUUCCUAUCUACCCUCCGUAUGAUUAUCACCCCUCACAGCCCCUUGUUGUCCUCAGCUGGAGUUGCUCUGCAGGACUUUCCUUUCUUUGUCAUUCGGGUUGCUCUGAUCGUUGUCUUUGGUUUUAUAACACCUGUGUUGUACCUGCUGAAAAACGUGCUGGUAUGCCUGACUUUUAUCUACUUUACAUUUUUGACCAAGCUGCGGAUUUUCAGAAGUGAGACCAUGUUCUGAGGAGGAGAGACGCAUUCUGCUGUUGAUGAAGGAGCCACUUGGAUUGUGGAUGGUUGAACAGUUGGUAUUGGUGUGUGGAGAGCAGCACAAGAGAAAUUUGGUGCUGGCACUGAUUAUGAGGAGCAGCAUGUUUUGAAUUUUACCGACUUGCAAUGCAUUGAAGAGCCAUUCAAACCAAAUCAAAGCGUAAAAAUGAUUGUGGAUUUAAAACAAGGAAGGGUGUGUAGGUGGGAAUAUUUGGUAAGACAAUGCUUUACAUUUUUCUGUGACAUAUUUGAAUCCAGAUGUAUUUAUUAAUACUUAAGUUGAUGUUUAUCUGCUACAUUAGUCCUUUUGUAUCUGUGCAUUUGUUAAAAUGCUACAAAAAGUAACAAUAAAGCAUAUUUGUUUUAGACAAAAGAUUUUAAGCCAUUUCCACCUAUAUUAAAUAAAAGACCUUGGUUUAAA